GUCCAACGCGCGCACAACAGAUGGAGCCUCGUGCUCCUGCUGUGGAGUGUAGGGUUAACACCGCCUGGAGGAGGCGUGGUUUCGAUCAAUGAUGACCGCCUCACUGUAGUCAACUGUAAAAACGACAACACACAAAAAAAAAACACAGUCACGGGCAGGUCCGAGCGUCUCCUCCUCUCUCUCUCUCUCUCUCUCUCUCUCUCUCUGCCCUGCUGUCCACGCGGGACAGUCCCGCUCUCCUGGACCAGAACAUUUUAAAGACGCGGAUCGUGCGCAGCAGCAGGAGCAGCAGGAGCAGCAGGAGCUCUCCCCACCACCACCACCUCCACCGGAGGAAAUUACUUUGCGAGAGGCUGAUCUUGAAGGAGGCGCGACCUGAGAUGACUGCGUGAUCGUGCCUGCGCGGUGACUGUGUCGGUGCAGGAGCGGAGGAAAACAACAGUUGCGCGGGUUCGAUGGGGGAACAAGGUGAACGGGUGGCGGCGAAGACGCGGCUGGAAUUGUCGGUGAAGUGAAUCCGUCCGGGCUGCCUCGGCGGGAUUGCGACUGUCUUACGUAACUGGGCUCUGUGGAGGGACGGGCAGGGGAACUGCUGGUGCCGUUUAAUCACAGGUGAAAGGAGAGCAGCACCAUCAGUGUGUCCAUCCACCCAGCAUGGUCGCCGAAGACGCCCUCUCCCAUCCCCAGUGAGAGCGUCAAGAUGGACGAGGGCCACAGGCAGGGAGGAGGGACCAUCACCGUGGAGGCUGAUGUCAUCCUCCACGCCGUGAACCCCGACCUCGUCACGCCUUCUGACGAAGACGGGAGCUUAUGUCCGGGUUUCGUCCAAGGAUUCCUGCAGGACAAGCAGGAGUUCAGCCCCUCUCCGGUGUUUGAGAAGGAGUACCUGCUGGACGGAAGACUGAUGGAGAACAACCACAUCGACCACCAGAAAGGUAACGGCUCGUGCAUACCAAGAACUGACAAGUUUCACCUCUCCAAUGACAAAGGAGCUCCCGAUCCUCCUCCCCACGCCGACACCGCCGUGUCCAAUCACAUUUCCGGCGCGCAACAGAAUUUUGCAAGCAGUGGGAUCCACAAUGGCGCCAGGGCUAAAAUGUCUUACAGUGCAGAUUCCUCGGGCCAAGCCAAACAGGAAACUGAUUGGUCAGUCCUGAAAUCGAACCUCGAGCGCAGGGACAGCAGCCAGGAAGCUGAAAAUGCACAGUCCAGAAAAGAGCCGGAUUUAGUCAUCGAAGUUGGCGGGCAGACGCUCAAAGCUCACAAGUCUGUCCUGGCAGAGAAGAGUGACUAUUUCAAAGCACGUCUGUCACGAGACAUCCUCAAAGUGAAGGGCAUGAGUUACAAGACGCUGUCUACACUGGUAGACUAUGUUUACACCUCCCGAAUGAAUGUUUGCAAGGACAAUGUCGUCGAUGUGAUCACGGGGGCGAAAAUCCUCCAGAUCCCCUGUGCCGUCCAGGCGGCCAUGGACUCCAUGUCUGCACAGAUCUCUGCAGAGAACUGCUACGAGAUUCUCACCAUCGCCAAAAAGCAGCGGCUGAGUGAACUGAAGGAGACCGCCUACGGAUUCAUGAGCGACAACUUCCUCCAGGUCCUCAAAGACCCCUCUGUGUACGGUCGCCUGACCGGAUCUGAGAGGGAUCUGAUCCUGAAGAAGAGAAUGGACGGGAAGAAGACUCUGAUGGUGGCAGAGACAAACGAUGUGUUCGACCGCGUCGGGAGUCGGCCGCCGAGCCGCUGCGGCAGCCGGCCGCAGAGCCCGCUGUCGGUUGGAUCUCUGGAGGAUAAUCAUAUGAUAUACUGCUUUAAUGAAACAGCAAAUGACUGGAGACCUUUGACUUCAAUUCCUGAAGACUUGAACACUAAAGGGUGCGGGAUCUGCACCAUGUAUAACUACCUGUUUGUGGCCGGGGGGAUAAAGGGCUACGGAGACAAGGGCAAGGUCUCAGACAAGGUCUUCUGUUACAACCCCAUAACCAACAGCUGGGCUGAGGUGCGACCUCUCAUUCAAGCUCGUGCCCAGCUGAAGCUUGUCUCUAUGGAUGGCCACCUGUAUGCCAUUGGAGGAGAAUGUUUGUUCACAGUGGAAAAAUACGACCCCCGCAUGGACCGCUGGACCACGAUAGCCCCUUUGCCCAAGGGAGCCUUUGCAGUGGCCCACGAAGCAACAACCUGCAGCGGAGAACUUUACGUUUCGGGAGGCUCUCUCUUCUACCGCCUCCUGAAGUACGACCCCAAGAGGGAUGAGUGGCAGGAGUGCCCCUACAACAACAGCAGGAAGAAGUCCACCGACAUGGUGGCUUUGAAAAGCUUCAUCUACCGCUUUGACGUCAACCGCGAGCAGGGGAUCACCGUCUUCAAGUACAACACCAUCGUGAAAAUGUGGCACGACUGCGCAUCACAGAGGCUCGGAAGCCAUUUACCCUUCAGGUGUGCCGUCAUCGGGAACUGCAUCUACUGUGUGAACAAAAGCCAGACUCUUCAGUUCGUAGUGGAGGAGGAGAGCGCCUACUUUGUCGAGGAGCCGCUGAGGGCACCUCUGGAGGCGAAAGGCAUCCUUUUCCCUUUUGUUCUCACUUUGCCUGACAAGCCUGAAAAAGUUACAUAGUGUGUGUGUGUAUGAUCCAGAGUAACGCAAUAAAUGUGUCAUAGCAAAACUGGAAAUAGCAGAAGACCUUAUAUACACUCUUCAGUGUCAGCUUUCUAUCUCAGUGUCUCAUUGCCUGCUUGCGAUGGAAUGUGUGUAUUUGCAUGGCAAAUCAAUGUGUCUGCAGGGUGAAGCCUUAAAAGGAAAAUGUUUUUUUUUUUUUUUUUAGUGUGGAAUGAAUGAAUGCAACAGUGUUGGUACCCAAAGUAGAUCAUGACAUGAUGACAGUGACUGUAGGUUAUUUUUUUGUGUAUUUCCUGUGUUCAGUUUGGUUUGGUGCACUUUUGUAGUUUGAAUAGAUAUUAUAUUAUAGAACAAUAGAACUUAUAUAGUAGACUGGUGACUUUGGUAACAAAAACAAGUGUUCUGUUGAAAAGUUGUGUGGAAACGAAAGAAAGGAAGAAGUUGUCGUGCGCUCUAUGGACGAUGCAACACAGGUUCUAUGCAAAUGAGACUGUAAACAGGUGUGUCUGCUGUAAUGCUGUGCUAUUUAACAGUCACUAUGAUUGGAAUCCAACUAUAUUUCGUUUGUGAUUAGUUGAUACAUUCAGUCAAGAAAAUGUCAGAUAAUUGUGAAAAAAAACAGCCCCAAACACACAAAGCAACAUAAUUUUUAAAAUAUGUUUUAAAGGAAAGCCUGAAAAUAUCCUAUUUGAAAAACAGGAAAAAGCAAUCGUUGGGUUUUUUGCUGGAAAAAUUCUUAAAAAGAUACGUUAUGAUUGUUUUCUGUCAAUCUACUUAUCAAUUAUCAAUCGACUAAUGGUCGCAGCUCGACUUGAACUCUAAUCAGCCUUGUCUUUGAAUGAAAUUUCUGAAUCACGGUGAAGUUACAGACCAUGAAACAGUCUUAUACCACAGAAAUAUUCCCCUUGCACAGCACUUAACAGCAUAUUGUACCCACUUCUGUUCAGGGGACAUUUUCAGUCUAAGCAAUUACCUUCAUAUUUCAGCUCAGUGUCUGUCAUGUCAGACAGAGGUUUCAGAUUGUUCAAACAAAAUCGAAAACUAAACUUAUUUAGGUUUUAAAGGUGCACUAUGCAAGGUCUUCAGUAAAAAACAUUCACAAACUAAAGUCAUCAACAUAAUGUGAGGAGCUAACAGUUCUGACAUUUCUGACGUCAUGGCGUUUGUGUAUUGUGAGGCAGAGAUAUCUACUGACAUUAGCAUGCUAACCAGCUAGCCACAGUCCUUUCCAGUCCAAUUCUCCUGCGUAAUGGGAGCAACACCUCCCCAGUCUGGACCGCUAGCUGCACAGAUAACUGAGCUAACAAGCUAAUGGCAACUACAAUUAGCAGCAGUUAGCCUGUUGACAUGCUGGCCCCUAUUUGUUUUGCGUCUUUGUCUUAUAUAUUGCACCUUUAAUGGUACAGUAAUAACUUGCAGAAUGUGCUAUUAUUCUUACAGUGUGUACUCACUGAUGUCAGUUCCUAUGUUAAGCACCUCUGCCGAAGAGAAAAGAACAUUUCAGUCAGGCUAAAUCUACAGAACUAACAAAGACUUCCAUGUGUCUUAUGGAUUAAAGGUGCAAUAUGUAAGAAUUUAAAAAAAAACAUACAAAAAUCAAUUGAAUUAUCCCCAUAAUGUGGAGGAAUUUAAGUUUUGACUUUAUGACAGCUGUGUAUGGUGUUGCAGCGAUAUCUACUGAUGUUGGCAUGCUAUCAGGCUAGCCUUGGCACCCCCCUGGUCCAAAAGCUCCUGUGUUAGUGGUGUUAUCCCCAAAACUCCCCAGGUCUUCUGAGCUCCCAGUCUGGACCACUAGCUGCACGGCUGGCUGAGCUAACUAGCAACAGUUAGCAGCAGUUAGCUGUUGCUAUGGUUAUUUGCUUCCCCCUUUUUGUUUUGAGCAUGAAUUAGACAGGUUGCCAGUUCUUGCAUAAUGCACCUUCACUGUAAGAUCUUUAUAAUAUGCGUUCCUCUGACUGCACCACAGUCAAUUUAAAAGCAAUAGUUGUUUUGAUUUGAGGAAGGCCAUCAUGUUUGCUGCUAACAGGCACAGGGAAGUUAAGGGAAAGCAAGCCAUUCACAAUACACCAAGAUGCAUCUUUUGUAUCUUUGUUUUCUUGUAUGUUUUCAAGGACAAAGCAACAGGUUCAACCGCUAUCAGGUUUCUUCAAUAACUACAUGAGCCGUCCUUUAGGUCAAAGGUUAAAUCAGAUUCUACAGUGCUGCAGCGCAAUGAGGCCAAACAAGAUGUCCUGCUGUCACGACACUAACAACCCCAUGUUCCUCUUGCAUCAGGUUUUGGCACCGGUUUUGCUCUAAAAGUCCUUCCUUUAGACAUUUCACAGUACUUGUUUGCUGCUGCAAUAACAGUGGGAGUUUUGUAUGGAAGUUAAUUAAUGCUGAUAUAUUCUUGAAACAAUUUGCUUUUGAUAACAUUUGUACGAGUGUCUCCAAGCGGUCAAUGUGACAAGAAACAAAAAUGGAUGUGGUUUUGAUAUUUCGCUGGCUGGCAUCUGUAUUUUUGUGAAGUUUUGUAUGGAUUUGGUGGUUUUGGAUCUGCUGCUGUGAUGGACAGUAAAGUGAUGCAAUGCUAGGCAAUGGCUUCCUGUUCAAGGUAUAUGGAGUAGGCUAACAAAUUGGCUGUUGGAUAAUGUAUAUCAGUCAGAACUAAGUGCUUCAAAUAAAAUAUUUUCUG